GGGUUAUUCCUAUAUUCAAACUAAGCACUAAAGUCGAGGCAAAAGUUGAACUGUGGAUUACUGCAUCAAUAUCAGAAAACCUUUGUUUUUUCUCUUGUCUUGAUUGAUAUCUUACUUUCUUGGAUCAAGAGAAAGAAGAUCUUUUACAGAUCCCCAAGUGAGAGUCCCAUGCAGCAGCUUGUAUGAUAUUGUGACCAUCCGGUGUGUGCAUUGCAGCAACCUUUGGUCUGUGAACAUGGCAGCCACGUUACAGUCAAUGUCAACACAAGAUCUUCAUCAGGCACAUAAUUACUACAACACGUAUCUUAGCCUUGGAACUGAGCUGGGUUCCUCAUCCAAUUGCAACAAAAAGGAAACCAAGCUACCAGAAGCUCCAACCUUUCAUCCAUCUGGGAAAAGACAGCGAGGACCUUCUGCAUACAAUCAGUUCAUGAAAGAGGAGAUUCAAAGGAUCAAGGCAAUUAACCCAUGUAUCAGCCACAAGCAAGCAUUUACCACUGCUGCAAAGAAUUGGGCACACCUUCCUCAUACUCAUUUUGGGCUCACAUUGGGAGGCCAACAAUCAGGCUGCAAAUGAAAGAUGGAUGAUAUUUACCUCUCAUUUUGGGAUUGUUAAGUUGAAGAUAAUCCGCCACUGGGAGUUUAUCUCGGGACCUAUCUCAUCUUCACCUCAAUAUUGAGAAAGUUAUUUCAGUUUAUCUCUUUUGGCUACUGUUGUACUCUUUUUUCUGCUGCUUCUUCAAGUAAUUCUGUCUUGUGACUAUUAAAUUUCUAUCUUGGUUAAUUUAGGUUUCUUGUUUGACUA